GCAAUUCAACAAUAAACCGUUCAAGAUAAUCAUAAAUAAUAAAUAAUUUUUUACUUAUUUUUAUAUUCAAAGACUCAAGGAUUUCAGUUGAAAACAGCCGGAUGCAUCACAAGUACACUUUCUAACGACGUCACCGUGUUACUGCUUACCACGUUUAUUACACUGACACAACGUCGGACGUCAAAUAGUCGAAUUCUUAUGUCACCUAAUCAGAAUUUCUAUUUGGUGGGAAAUUUGGAAGACGUCAAGAAAGAACUUUUGGUUAGUCUCAGAGAAUUAAAUAUUAGAGGACUUAAAAUCAGUUAUCAGUGGUGUGUAGAUCUUCUGCAUUCACUAGUAGUCGGUAAUUUACCUAAACAAAGAAAAAAGAAAAAAUGUUUGAAUGCUUAUAAGAAAUAUGAUCCAGAAGUAUUUAAGCGUUCACAGACAAACAGAAAUGAUCUCGCUGAAAUAACAGUUCCUAAUAGUGAAGCAUGUGCAUUUCUCCACGCACAAAGAUGCUUUGAACUUAAAGAAUAUAAAAGAUCAUCAAAUUUAUUGAAAAAAUGUCAUUCAAAUGUAGCAAAUUUUUUAAAAUAUUAUUCAGAAUAUUUGGCUGCUGAUGUCACCAUAAAAAAUAUUGGCUGUGAAGCAACUCCUGCAAUGUUUGAUGAGUACAGAAACAGUUUAGAUGGAAUUUUAUCAAAUUUAGUGCUUUUACAAGCUGAUAAUUUAGAUGAUGGUUAUUUUUUGUAUUUACUUGGAUUGGUAUUUGUAAAGUUGGAAAAAUAUGAUGAGGCAGUUGAAGUCCUUUUGGAGUCCAUUCGCCUAAAGCCACUUAACUGGCAUGCAUGGAUGCAGCUUGGUGAUCUUAUUGUUGAUAGAGUUAAGUUAUCCAAACUAGAUUUGCCCAAUCAUUGGAUGAAAAACUUUUUCUUUUGUCAAAAAUAUUUGGAUUUACAGCUCAACGAACAGAUGUUAGCUGUCUCACAAUACUUAAUUAAUUGUGGUUUCAUCAAUAGCACUUUUCUCCUUUCUAGAGUUGCAGUUUGCUAUCAUAAUAAGAGAUAUGUUGAAACGGCUUUACAAAAAUUUCAUGAGUUAAUUGAGGUUGAACCAUACCGAUUGGAAAACAUGGAUACAUAUUCUAAUCUUUUAUAUGUCCAACAUCAACGAGCUGAACUAGCAUAUCUUGCUCAGAGAGCUGUAAAAAUAGAUAAGUAUCGUGUAGAAACUUGUUGUAUACUCGGUAACUAUUACAGUCUUAAUUCAGAACAUCAAAAAGCAAUGCGUUAUUUUCUACGUGCCCUUAAGCUGAACCCUCUGUGUUUAGCCGCUUGGACAUUACUUGGCCAAGAAUAUAUGGAACUAAAAAAUUCAAAUGAUGCCAUUCAGAGUUAUAGUAAAGCUUUAGAAAUAAACAAAUAUGAAUAUAGAGCAUGGUAUGGCUUGGGCCAAACAUACGAAAUACUUGGUAUGUUCAAGCACAGUCUUUAUUACUUCAAACAGGCACAAUUGUUGAGACCAUUUGAUAGCCGAAUGAUUAUAGCGGUUGGCAGUGUGUACGAAAAACUCGGAAACAUUGAUAUGGCAUUGCAGAGUUAUUUAAAAGGACGCGCAAUUGGCGACGAUGAGAAACUUGGACUUGUUUGUUUAGCCAAACUGUAUGUACAUAUUAAGAAACCAGAUGAAGCGGCAAAAAUGUUUUUGGAAUAUAUAGAUGAAUAUGCAUUAGAUGAACAGACCUGUGAUCAUAGUUGUGCUUAUAUGUUUCUUGCUAACUAUUACCUAAGUCAAACCGAUUACGAAUCUGCCAUUCAUUACGCACAAAAAUGUUUGAACUAUGCUGAUACUAAAGAAGAAGCUAAAGCUUUAUUAAAAACUAUUAUGCACGAGAGAAUAAAUAUGGAUGUUGACCAUACAAUGUCUGUAUCCAUGUGUAAUAAAAAGUCCAAAAAUCUAGAUUACGACAAAGAAAUUCCAAGACAAUUGCAAAUGUUAUCAUUAUCACAAAAAAAAGAAAUUAUUCUAGAUGAGAAUGAAGAAAAAUAUGAAGAGGAAGAAGAAGAUGAAGAAGAAUUUAUAUGUAAUAGAGCUUCUUUAUUUUAAGUAGGAUAAUUUCAUAUGUUAAAUAACUAAGUAGAAAACAAAAAUAAUGUUUUGGAUUUGAAUAUUAUUUUAUAAGACUAUAAUUAUCUGUUAAUCUGUAAAUUUUAACUAUUGUGAAUAAUUGUAAUUGUUGAAUGAACAUGAAGAUUUAAGAUACCCUAUUAACACUAUUUGAAAUAUUUUGCUCAGUAGUUUUAAUAUUAUUGUGUAGUAUAAAGUAAAAAUAGUGGUAUACAUUUUAUGAGAACUACUAGGGUUAGUUUAACAAUAA